CGCCAUCUACCGGGUGAGCUUCCAGGAACUACCUGCUCAUGGCAUGGGCUCAUGGGAUUAGGGAAUGCAAGCCUAAAUUUUUUGAACAUUUCUGUUGAUUUGAUUGAGUUCUUUCGUGAAAGGGCGUCAUGAGUACCUCACCCAAUUGUACCUAUAUUUAUGAACUGCCAGAAAAUGUGCGAAUACGUUUGUGCUUUGUGCUGAAUAUCGAGGAUUGUUGGAAGUGGCUGCAUGCUAUAUUUUAUGAUGCAGAGGAGGGCAGAAUAAGAUAUGAUCAGGAUCAGAUUAUGGAAGUUUGUGGUACGUCACCAUCAAGUCAACUUCUGAAAGUAUUGGGAGACAGAAAUUUCACCAUAGAUCAUCUGUAUUUGGCCUUAGCUUCCUUAAACUUACCGAGAGCUAUGGGCCUCUUGGAAGUAUAUGUUUCAGAUCAUAUAAAGAAUUCAGAAAGGUUGUCUGUUCAACAAGAGGAACAUGAUGGUAUUCAAUUCAUCAAAAGAGUUGGGAGUUCAAAACCUGCACCUGAUAACCAAAUUCAGCAGUCUCCUACACCCUACGUAUCUCCUAAUUCACCAAAUUUAGACAGUGUUAAAGACUCACCUCAGCAAGGAAAUGACUCAGUUAAGCCAGCCUAUUCUUCCCGAGGAGUUGUAUCUUAUCAGCAAAUAAUUCAAGCCACAAACAAUUGGGAUUCAAAAAAUAGUCUUGAUUCUACACGGAAAGUUAACUUCUAUUGUGGUCAAUUAAAUGGUGAAAUAGUGGCCAUAAAAAAACUGGGUGUGCAGAAACAUGAAGCGCUGGAGGAAAUACGGAAGCUUCGUGAUGCUAGCAAGGGAUGCGAUAAUAUUUUGGAAAUGUUGAUGUUCAUUGAGGGCAGUGGAAACCCCUGUCUCAUAUAUCCUUUCGUUUUAAAUCGCUCUUUAUAUGAUUUUAUUAACAUUAAGGACAAUCCCCACCUUACAGUGGAUGAAAAGCUUGGGAUAGCAUAUGGAAUUGCAAAUGCUUUGACAUAUCUUCAUCACAAUGUUUUCCAGUCUGUAGUCUUAGUUAAGAGCUCCGAUAUUUUGCUGGGAGAAUCAAUGUCUCCACUGAUUGCAGAUGUAUGCCUUCCCUCUAUGGUCCAUGAAAAAAAAACUUCAAGGGAUCUAAGUUUAUACAUCCCUCAAGAAGGUAGCAAAGGAGAGAAUCCAGAUGUAUUCUGCCUUGGAACUAUUGCUUUAGAGCUCGCCGUGGGUCAGACUGUAGACAAAUUACCUACUCAUCCGGAAAUCUAUGUUGAGGAAAAUCCUGAUAUUAUUAAAACAAUCCCUCAAAUGCUUCAAGCACUUAUAAAAGUGUGCUAUGAGCUUUGGUCUCUCCCUGAGUCUGGUAUUGAUGUAAUAUAUUUAAAAUUCCCAUGGGAAGGCGAGUGAGCCUAGAUGCCAGUGUGUGAAAAGUGGGGUCAGGUAGGGCAAUACCUCACCCACCAUGUACCUGUAUUGGCCCUCAUUGGAGCAAUAAUGCUCUUUGGGCUUGUAAGACUUCAUAA